AUGUCAAUGAUCGUCUCUCGAGCGCCUAUUAGUGUUGUUGGGUUUCCCUAUAAGACGAGACUACCGUGCGGCUCACUUUCAAUUCUCUCACACACCGAUGCAAGCAUGUCGCGGACCUCUCCAGUUGCAGCUGUCGACUAUGACUCCCCACCGUCACCAAAGAAGGAGGAGAACCCUCCGUCUCCCCUAAGGGACUGA